AUGCAACGUGAUGAAAUGAAUCAAUUACUUUAUUAUGUUGCAUAUUUGGUUAGUGAACAAGAUGUUUUACUUAAUAAUGACAUGGAUGCUACUCUUUCGAAUAAUGAAGAUGCUGAUGAUUCUCAAGCAACUAUACAUCAAUUGCUAGAUGUUGUUAUAACCAAUGAAUCAUUCAUUGUUGCUGAUAAAUUUCAUGAUGAUUCUUCUAAUUCAUCACAAGAAAAUAGACCAUUGUCUUAUUUAUAUGCUAUUAAUAACAAGACUAUUAAUAUAGAACAGCGGAUGAACAUUCUUAAGCAGAAACAAAUGUAUGAAACUCUUCAUGGUAUAUACAAAAUCUUGCAAGAAUUUGCAGAUGAAAAUGAUGAAUCUGAUAAAUCCGACCAAUCUGAUGAAUCUUCUGACAACGAAUAUAGUCAAGAUAAUUCAAGCGAUAAAGAAAAUGAUGGUUCUAAAAAUGUGGAAGAGGAAGACCUUCAAGCACAAAGCGUUUCAAAUCAUCUUAUAAAACAAGUAAAGGUAAUGAAAAGAAACAAAGAUGGUGUAAAAAAUGUGGAGACUUGGGUCAUUAUCAGAAGAAUUGCAAUUUUUGAAGUCUUUUGUAAAGAAUUGCAAUUCUAA